ACUGGCGGGAAAUGAAAUUUCAUCCGCCUUCUAAAUCCGUGAAUCAUCAUCUCCUCGGCCUUUAUCUAGUCUUUCAUUUUGUCUCUCACAUAUUCAAACCCCUAAUUUAGCUCUCAAUCUAAUGGAGAAAUACGUAGUUCACUGUCCCCCUUCUCCUGAUAACCCUAAACCAUCUUUCCUGUGCAGGCCUCCAUGGGAGAGGAGCGUUGCUGAGUUGGUUGGUAGAUAUUCUCCAAAAUACCGCCACGAUGUCUCCACUUUGUUGCUUGAAUCGUACUCUGAGAUAGGAGCAUUUCCACACGAGUAUGAAUCCGGUGGAUUGGCCUGUCGAACUCAUAUGAAUCGGGUGAUUAAUAUUGCAAAUAGAAACACUAGCCUAUUUCUUAGAAGGGAUGGGAUAUCUGCACUCGAAUUUGACAGCAAGGGGGUAUAUGUCGCCUCGGUAACAAAAUCCGGGUGUCUAACAGUUCAUGAUUUUGAAACUCUCUAUUGCCUCAGCAAUGGCUCGUCGCCAUGUUUGAAGGAAGAUGAAACAAAGCACUUGCUGCACCUUUCUACAAAUCAACAGCUUGAUGUUGUUCGGUGGAAUAUUGCGAACCAAGACGAGGUUGCUUGCACAUCGGUGCAGAGUAAUGAAGUUCUAAUAUUUGAUAUUGGUUAUGUCUCUUCCGAACCAGUUGAAGUGUUAAGGAAGAGACCUUCUGUCACUGUGUAUGGAUUUGAAGUACCCAGAGGCUUAUCUGAUAUUUCUUUUACUUCAUCUGACAAGUCAAGGUUGCUUGCAUCUGAUAUGAGUGGAGCUAUCAACCUAUGGGACAGGCGAGUGAGCAACCUUCCAUGUCUGGAGCUUAGUACUAAUUCCCGGAGCAAUCUUAACAGUAUCCAGUUAAAUGUGGAAAAUCAAAUUGUUUUUGGAGCUGGUAAAAACGGAAUCAUCUAUGCUUGGGAUCUUCGUGGAGGAAGAACAUCUUGUGCGUUUCAGAGUCAUAAAGAGGUAUCUCAUUCUCCCCUAACAUCAUGGAAGAUAGCAUUGCUGUUGGAGGGAAUUGGAUCAUUGAAGGCACAAUCAGACAUUCGGUCGAAGGAGAUUCACUCUAUUGACCUUGAUCCAUCUUGCUCGUAUCAGUUGGCUUUCCACCUCGAUGAUGGUUGGUCUGGUGUUUUGGAUACCAAUAACUUUCAAGUGACCCAUAUGCAUUGCCCGCCCCCUGCUUGGCUGAAUGGUCCAGACAUGUCAAACAAUUGUUUGUCACUGAGAAAGCCAUCAUGGCUGCCUACAAGUUCGAUUUAUGCGGUCGGAUCAUCAUCUGAUGAUGGGAUUCAUCUCUUAGAUUUCUACCCAAGGCCAGACUCAGCUUGCCAUGUGGACUUGAAUGAGGAUAUACAGAGCAUUCUUGAAGAGAAGAAUAAAAAAGCACGAAAUCGGUUCAUUCCUUUGUCAGAAGGUGUUUCUGUCUGUGCUACACAUCCCCUCAAUGGGACCAUCAUUGCCGGAACUAAGCAAUCAUCUUUGUUGGUGAUUUCUCAAAGACACCAAUCUUUCGGGAGCGUAGACGAUGAUAAUUCAACCAAUGCCGGAGAUUUGUCAGAAGAGCAGAAACUGGAUUGACAUUCUAUUGAGUAUGUCAACGUUGUCUGGCCAGCGAUCUCAUGGUUGGAUUUCAGCAGCUGGUGACACCAACAAUCUCUUGGUUUGGGUUUCAGUUAGGUUAGAAUUUGGCAACUAGUCUCAGUUGUGCAAGUAACUGAAUACUACAAAUACUCAAAAGCUGCAGAAUGAUAGGGCGAAACAAAAAUUAACCAACAUUGAUGUCUGAGGAGAUCUACAAUUGAAUACUCAAAGGCUGCAAAAUGAUAGAGCCUCUCCCGCACUGAAGGAUCAGCAAAAUCCUGAUUAAAUCCAUAAUUCACAACUGAAAAAGACCAUUUGUUAUCUUUUCAUUUCUUGUCAUGUCAUCCAGUUUUACGAGAUCAUUGUGUAACUGAAAUAGGACCAAGAAUGUGUUAUAUCAAAAAUCUAUAUUGAAUUCUAAGUGUUAGAAAAUCUUCUAUGUCUGAAUUACUGAAAGCGUUGU